GGUGUGCGGAGGCCCGGACGGGACCUGCGGCGGACGGUGAGGCCGGACCAGCGCUGUGCAGCUCGGCGCAGCGCCCCCCGCGCCCCUCUCCGGCAGCCGCGACGCCUUAGUCCCGCUCCCGCCAUGCCUGAACAACUCUGCGUCGCCGAGUUUCUGGCCGUCACCGCGGAGGACCUCAGCUCCCCGGCCGGAGCCGCCGCCUUCGCCGCCAAGAUGCCUCGAUUCCGGGGGGCGGCGCUCGCGCGGGAGGAGAUCCUGGAAGGAGACCAGGCCAUCCUGCAGAGGAUCAAGAAGGCCGUGCGGGUGAUCCACAGCUCUGGCCUCGGCCAUGUGGAGAAUGAGGAGCAGUACCAAGAGGCUGUGGAGUCCUUGGGCAACAGCCACCUUUCCCAGAGCAGCCACGAGCUCUCCACAGGCUUCCUGAACUUGGCCGUGUUCACCCGUGAGGUGGCUGCGCUCUUCAAGAACUUGAUUCAGAACCUGCACAACAUCGUCUCUUUCCCCCUGGACAGUCUGGUGAAGGCCCAGCUGAGGGACGGGCGGCAGGACUCCAAAAAGCAACUGGAGAAGGCGUGGAAGGACUACGAGGCCAAAGUGGCCAGGUUGGAGAAGGAACGGGAUCGGGCCCGGAUUCCAGGGGGAGUGACGGGGGAGGUGGCCCAGGACACACAGCGAGAGCGACGCGUCUUCCAGUUACACAUGUGUGAGUACCUGCUCAAAGCUGGGGAGAGUCAAAUGAAGCAAGGUCCCGACUUUCUUCAGAGCCUCAUCAAGUUCUUCCACGCUCAGCACAAUUUUUUCCAAGAUGGCUGGAAGGCAGCUCAGAGCCUGUCCCCAUUCAUCGAGAAGCUGGCAGCCUCAGUCCAUACACUGCGACAGACCCAGGAAGAAGAGCUACACAAACUGACCCAACUCCGGGACUCCCUCCGAAGGACACUGCAGCUGGAGAGCAGAGAGGUCAGGCCCCGGGAACAUCCAAGCAGGAAGAACUCAGGGGGCUACAGCAUCCACCAGCACCAAGGCAACAAGCAGUUUGGAACAGAGAAGGUGGGCUUCCUGUACAAGAAAAGUGAUGGGAUCCGGAGAGUCUGGCAGAAAAGGAAGUGUGGAGUCAAGUAUGGCUGCCUAACCAUGUCACACAGCACGAUCAACCGGCCCCCAGUGAAGUUGACCCUGUUGACAUGCCAAGUGAGGCCAAACGCUGAGGAAAAAAAGUGCUUUGACCUGGUGACCCACAACCGGACGUACCACUUCCAAGCAGAGGAUGAGCACGAGUGUGAGGCGUGGGUGUCUGUGCUGCAGAACAGCAAAGACGAGGCUUUGAGCAACGCCUUCCUGGAGGAGCCCAGCGUUGGCCUGGGGUCCCAUGGGGGCACCGGGCUGGAUGGGGAACCCCAGGACCUCACAAAGCUGCUCAUCGCGGAGGUGAAGAGCAGGCCUGGGAAUGGCCGGUGCUGCGACUGUCAGGCUCCAGAACCCACCUGGCUCAGCACCAACCUGGGCGUGCUCACCUGCAUCCACUGCUCAGGAGUCCACCGCGAGCUGGGCGUGCGCUUCUCGCGCAUGCAGUCUCUCUCCUUGGACCUGCUGUGCCCCACGGAGUUGCUGCUGGCUUUGAACAUAGGAAACAUGCGCUUCAAUGAGGUCAUGGAGGCCCAGCUGCCUUCCCACGGUGGACCUAAGCCCUCAGCCGAGAGUGACAUGAGUGCCCGCAGGGACUACAUUGUGGCCAAGUAUGUGGAACACAGGUUUGCCCGCCGGUCCACCCCUGAACCCCAGAGACUCUGGACAGCGAUCUGCAACAGGGACCUCCUGGCGGUGCUGGAGGCCUUUGCCAAUGGGCAGGACUUCGCACAGCCAUUGCCAGGGCCUGAUGGCCAGGCACCCGAGCUUGCCCUGCACUUGGCUGUCAGAGUCGCCAGCCAGGCCUCCCUGCCUAUCGUGGACUUCAUCAUCCAGAACUGUUCCCUGAACCCACCCACUCACUCCAGUGGCCACCUGGAUGCCAAGGCCACAGACGGGAGCACUGCCCUGCACUAUGCCGCCCUCCACAGCCAGCCCGACUGCCUCAAGCUACUGCUGAAAGGAAGAGCUCCAGUGGGCACAGUGAACGAGGCAGGAGAGACAGCUCUGGACAUAGCCAGGAAGAAGCAGCACAAAGAGUGUGAGGAGCUGCUGGAGCAGGCACAGGAGGGGACCCUGGUCUUCCCUCUGCACGUGGACUACCCGUGGGGACUUUCCACAGAACCUGGCUCUGACAGCGAGGAGGAUGAGGAGGAGAAGCGCUGCCCUCUGAAGCCCCCAGCCCCUGCCUGCAGGGCUAGGGGGAAGCUGGACAUCAGCAACAAGACCUAUGAGACCAUCACCAGCCUGGAACCAGCUACCUCUCAGAGCCAGAGCAACCACAGCCCCCCGCCCUUGCCCAUCAAAAGCUCUUCUCGGACCAUGGUCCCAGGGCACACGGGACAUGCCAGUGGAGGUAGAGUUGGCUGUCCAGAAACGAUGCUCACCAAGAUGUUCAUUGAGGGCCUGCCAUGCGGAGAGCUAAGCUCAGGGGCAUGCAAUCGCUCUGACAUCCCCAGCCUGAGCUCAGAGCCCCCUGAGGUCACUGAGAGUCGAGACAGUCCAGCCUCCUCCUCUUCCAGCCUCACAAGCUCUAUGGAACCUGGAGGACCCAGCCAAGCUCUGCCUGGGGUGGAGGAAGGCCUCCAUGAAUCACCAGGCACCUCCCAGCCUGUGCUGGCAUCUGGGACCACCCCUGCUGAGGUGCCUCUCCCCAGCAGGUUCAGGGGCUCCAGGCACCAGGAUGAUGUUGGCCUUUUCCUGCCUUCCAGUUCCGAGAGCACCCGUUCCUAUCGGCGGGGAGCCUGGACCUUGGAAGACUGUCCCUCUGCCCAGCAACCUCUGCCCAGAAAGAAUAUUCCGGCUGGCUUCACCGAAGGAGACGGCUCUAAGACUGGCGUUCGCACGCCAAGUUCCCUGCAGCUUUUUCAAGACUAACUCCUUGCUGACCCCUGCAUGAUCCCUGCUGGACCCCAACAUCCAGAGCUGGGACAAGAGCCCACAUGACUGACACGGGAGUCGAGGCAUCCAUCCCCUUGGGUCUCACUCCUGUCCCUCGUGUGUUUGUAACCUUCCUGGCACGGUCCAUGCCCUGCCAAAGACACUGGCCCUUCCAUGUUGGGGCCAAUGGUAGCUCUUUGCCUCUUUCUCAUUAUCCCCAGCGCCAGGCAGCCUGGGGGCUGGAUCUGAGAACUUCUGCAGCUGGACCCAGCCCCUCACAGACCUAGACUAUGUUUCUCACACAGCCAUAGGGCUGACCCUCCAUCAUCCACUUCCUGGUCAGGGGCUGUGCCAGCCCAGCAGCAGUCCUCUGGGACUAGUUAUUGGUCUGGUGUUCCUUUACUGAAUUCUAGCUUUCUGUGAGCUCUGGACUGGAGUCGCGAUGCCAAGCUGUUCUCAGGAAGUGGGCUUGCGAAUGGGCAGGGCCAGAAUCUGAGGGUGGUGGUUCUGGGGGAUAAUUAGACCAAGGGUCAUGACCUCCUGUCUGAUUGUUGCCCUUGUGUGGACCAGUGCCCGUGUCCUGGAUGGCCAGGAUGCUCUCGAGGCAUGCAGCCUUCUUGGGACCAGUACAGGAAGUCGAACAGAACUCACCCAAGUUGGGGAAACUCCCUGAUUGAGUAGGAUGGGAAGAAGUGGUCUGAAUUGGUGGAUUCCCCCUUCUUUCUCUUGGUCAGCUGAGGAGCCCUCUGGCCUGGGGGCAAUGAGGGAGGGGCUGAGUAGAGUGGGUUGAUAGGGCUGGGACUUGAAGGUGCUGCUUCAAGGGGCUGGCAGUUCAACCACUGCUCAGCCCUAAUCGCCAAGAUGAUCCUGAGCCAUCACCAGCCACCAGCAUCUGGACUUCACAGCCACUAGGUGCUGGGCCCCAUAGAAAUGGGCCUGGCCAAGUACAAGAGACCAGAGGGCAUGUGGGGGAGGGGGGCACCACGGCCUGGCAAUAAGCUGCGCUAUUUACUCAGGAUGCCUGACUCUGUGGGCCCCACAGCAAUAGGGCAGGCUCCUGAGCCCCCCGAGUCUACCUUCAUUCAUCUCAGACCUGUUACUUCCCUCACCUGUAAUAAAAGAUUUGUGGGGUUUCUUUCA